AAAAAAAAAGAACGCAAAAAGACGAAAAACGCAAAAAGACGACGAAAAAAAAAAAAAACAAAAAAAAGACGAAAACAAAAAAAAGACAAACGCAAAAAGAUGAUGAACGCAAAAAGACGACAAAUGCAAAAAGAC